GUAGCUUGGCACGCUUACAGAGUAGACUCUUGAUACGUGGCGCAGUAAGCCAGAUUGUCUCUCUAAGUACUAGGCAUCUUCGUGCACGUACGCGUGUGGAAACCAUGGCGCUCAAGUUGCUGUUCCUCUUAGCGUUCGUUUCAGCUGCACGUGCGGACAGCCACUGCACUGCACACGGUGGGGUUUGCACCGACUACCGCUACACCACCUGUAAGGGCGGCUACCUUCAGCACCUAUGUAACGGGGACUCCAACAGGCAAUGCUGCAUCUCCUGCGAUGAUGCAUGCCAAGCUAAUGAAGUGUACUGGUCUGGCAGUGACGACUCCUGUACGUACGCAGGAGGUUUGUGUAAGCACGACACCAACUACUGCCCUGGUGGUUACGUCAGCGGCAUGUGUGGAGGUCCGAGCUACCGUAGGUGCUGCCUGCAAGAAACCGGCGCCCCUACUAUCACGCCCUCCCCCUCACGCGAGUUCCGCGGUGUCUGGGUCGCCACGGUAUCCAACAUUGACUGGCCCUCCAGCCGCCAUCUUUCCACCGAGCAGCAAAAAGCCGAACUCAUCACGAUCUUGGAUCGAAUGGUGGAACUGAACUUGAACGCCAUAGUCUUUCAGGUUCGCCCGGCUGGGGACGCUUUCUACGACUCUCAGCUGGAGCCGUGGAGUUAUUACCUGGCCGGUCGGCACGGAUCGGCUCCCACGCCGUUCUACGAUCCACUGGCCUUCGCUAUAGAGGAGAGUCACCGGAGAGGCAUCGAGCUGCAUGCCUGGUUCAACCCGUACAGGGCUAAGACCAAAGCAGCCGGUUACUCCCUGGCCCCCAACCACAUGGCGAAGCGGUUCCCGCAGUACGCCUAUGACUACGGGAGCUACAUCUGGAUGGACCCGGGGGCACAGGAGGUGGCGGACCAUACCUAUGACGUCAUCAUCGACGUGGUGCGCCGUUAUGACGUAGACGGCAUUCACUUCGACGACUACUUCUACCCCUACGUCAGCGGGGUGGAUUUCCCCGACUCAGCCACGUAUCAAGCCUACCAGACCUCCGGAGGGACCAUGUCCAAGGCUGACUGGCGACGUGAUAACGUGAACAGACUGGUCCGGUGGCUGAACAGCGGCAUCCACGCCGAGAAGUCUCACGUCAAGUUCGGCAUCUCGCCGUUCGGGAUAUGGCGUUCGGGCUACCCUGCAGGCAUUGUGGGCUUCAGCCAGUACGACAGCUUGUACGCCGAUCCCAAAUUCUGGCUGGAGCAGGGGUUGGUAGACUACCUCGCCCCUCAGCUUUAUUGGAUGAUAGACCCUCCACAGCAGAGCUACCCCGCCCUGCUGGACUGGUGGCUGGACCAGAAUCCUUUGCAGCGUCACGUCUACACCGGAAAUUACCUCAGCAGGAUCCUGACCGAUGGUUGGCCAGUGUCAGAGCUCAUGAACCAGGUUUCACUCUCACGAGAUCGUGCGGAUCGGCUGUCGCUGGGAAACAUCAUGUUCAGCAUGAAGCCAUUCAGAGACAACAGCGAUGGUGUUGUGGACGCCUUCAAGUCGCAGGUGUACACCAGUCCCGCUCUCACCCCAGCAAUGCCCUGGCUGGGCAGUCGUGCUCCAAAAGCGCCCUCUGGCGUUCAGGUGGCGCCCAACUCCAUCACGUGGUCCGGAGACUCCACUGGUGACGUGCGUGUGUGGACCUUGUACAGUCAAGACAGGGACGGCCGUCUCAGCAUGGUUAAAUUGCUGGGUGCCGACACCACGACUACCACUGUCGAUCCGGGUACUUACAUCCUAAAGGCGGUGGACAGGGUUGGGAACGAGAGCAGUGACGUCAUCGUGGAUGUCCCAUGAACGAAUCUUGUCUCAUGAACAUAAUUUGAUGAAGAAUGUGGUAGAACCCCCUUGGACACCACAAACUUCGGAAACAAGAUGUCUGAGAGUCACAGUAUGAAAUAAACCGAUCCUUAGCGAUCGAUCUCCGUUA